CAAUUCUCGACUUUACGUGUGAAGGUCAUUUUCGACAGGAAAGAAGCGAAACCUGAAAAAUACCAUGUGGAUAAAAUAUUGAACUAGAGACAAUGGAGAAAACGAAAAGCCGUUACCGUUUUCUUGAGGUUUAAAACAACAAGAACUAAGAUGUUGAAGGCGAGAUUGGUACUCAACGGACACUUCGGUCCAUUGUGUCAAGUAUGCCUGAGGAAAGCAGGAGAGAAGGCAAUACAUGAUGGUAGUAUCACUAAUGCUCAGCGAAGCUUGGCAGUUAUACCACGGUAUUACACAGGCGGCCAUUACUCACAGCAGCAACAGCCAGGAAUGCUACUUCAACCACAAAUUUUAAACAUUUCUAGGUACCCAUUGACUGGGCUAACAAUAAAACAAUUACACACAAGAAUUCCACGUUCGGGGAGUGUCAACUUUCUGAUCCCCAAAUCAUGGCUAGCUCAGGUCGGAGCAGGGGCAAAUACUCGCAGUGCUGGAACUGUGGUUCGAGUCUUGACUGGUGUGGGGCGAUUCCUCAAGAUUCGAUAUCUUAUGCUGGUUGGUGCCGUAGGAGGAGGUGCCUGGGCUACACAGAAAAUGGAUACAUUUAAAGGAAUGUUUCCUGAUGUCUCAUGGACAAAAGAGUAUUUACCUGAUUCAGAACAGAUGGACAAGUUUAUGCAAUCCAUAAAAGAGGCAAGAAAAUCCUUGUCUCUUCCAGAAAAGGGAUGGAUGAAAAACAAAGUUGAAAGUUUUAAGAGGAAGCAAGAAGAAAUGCUCAACAAGAAGUCUAAUAUGGAUCUAUCAUCUAUUCUCUCUGAGGGUGUACCACAAAUGCAAACAGGUGUUUUCCACCUAAUGGGAUCGCCGAUGCCAGACUCGUCAACUAAGAAGGGGGUGCUACCCCUGCUUGGGAUGAGUGAUAAGGCUGAAAGGACAGAAAGCAGCAAACAGACUAAAGACCAGCAGAAGAGACUGGAGGAAACUCGAGAUGAGAUGAUCCAGAUACAGAUUCGCUACCAGAAAGAAAUAGACAGAUUAGAAAAAGAAAACAAAGACCUGAAGAAAAAUCUGCUGCUGAAGGAAAGCAAGGGAGGACGAAAGCGAGUGAUGAAGAAAUCCCUGAUAGAUAUGUAUUCUGAGGUACUGGAUGAGCUGGCUGUGUAUGAUUCGAGCUAUAACACACAGGAUAACCUUCCCAGGGUGGUCGUCGUGGGUGACCAGAGUUCUGGUAAGACCAGUGUUCUGGAGAUGAUUGCCAGAGCCAGGAUAUUUCCAAGGGGUUCAGGAGAAAUGAUGACAAGGUCACCAGUAAAGGUCACACUUAGUGAAGGUCCCUACCAUAUAGCACAGUUCAAGGACAGCACCAGGGAGUUUGACCUCUCGAAAGAGUCUGAGCUGGCGGCCCUCAGGAAGGAAGUGGAGCUGAGAAUGAAAGCGAGCGUACAAGAGGGACAGACAGUCAGUCCAGAAUGUAUUGCUAUGACAGUGAAGGGACCUGGUCUCCCGAGGAUGGUACUUGUGGAUCUGCCGGGUAUUAUUUCUACUGUUACUACAAAGAUGGCACCUGAUACAAAGGAGUCCAUCAAACGCCUAGUCAGAAGUUACAUGGAAAACCCCAAUUCUAUAGUCCUUUGUAUUCAAGAUGGUUCAUUAGAUGCUGAGAGAAGUAAUGUGACUGAUCUGGUCAGUCAGAUGGACCCUACUGGGCGAAGAACCAUAUUUGUGCUGACCAAGGUUGACUUGGCAGAAAGUAACCUGUACAACCCUGAUCGUAUCAAAUCCAUUCUAGAAGGACAGCUAUUUCCAAUGAAAGCUUUAGGGUACUUUGCAGUGGUGACUGGAAGAGGUAACCAGAAUGACAGUAUACAGACAAUCAAGGACCAUGAGGAGAACUUCUUUAGAAACUCCAGAUUGUUCAAGGAGGGCGUGUUGAAACCUACACAGAUGAACACACAGAACAUGAGUAUGGCUGUGUCCGAACUCUUCUGGAAAAUGGUGAAGGAGUCGGUGGAGCAGCAGGCGGAUGCCUUCAAAGCUACAAGAUUCAAUCUUGAAACAGAAUGGAAAAACACAUUCCCACGUGUUAGGGAGCUUGACCGGGAUGAACUAUUUGACAAGGCGCGGGGUGAGAUCCUGGAUGAAAUCAUCAACCUCAGCCAGGUCACACCCAAGGAAUGGGAGGAUGCAUUUACCCAGCGUCUGUGGGACAAGGCAUCUACACACUUCUUUGAGAACAUCUAUCUUCCUGCUGCUCAGUCACAAAACUCGGGCACAUUCAAUACAACAGUAGACAUCCGUCUCAAACAGUGGGCGGACGCUGUGCUGCCACGUAAAUGUGUAGAGGUGGGAUGGGACACGUUACAUGAUGAGUUCCUAAAGUUCGUGGAGCGGGACAAGAAAAGCAAAUCUCAUGAAGAGCUGUUUGAUAAGCUGAAACAGACAGUGAUAGAGACGAGCAAGUCUAAACACAUGUGGGACAGCAAGGCAGAGGAUAGUCUGCGUGUGAUCCAGGUUAACACUCUGGAGGACCGAUCUGUGUCGGACAAACAGCAGUGGGACAGCGCUAUACGCUUCAUGGAGGAGUCCAUACGCUCUCGUCUGGAUCAGACGGAGGCUCGACUCAAGGAGAUGACCGGUCCAGGUGCACGGGAGCAAUGGCUCCAUUGGAAACACCGCACUUCUGAUCACAAAAACCGUGUGGCUACCAAGGACGAGCUACAGAAGAUUCUCAAUUCUGACAAGACUCAUAAACCUGUGAUAGGCCCAGAUGAGCUGACCACGGUGAGACGAAACCUUCAGACAAAAGGUGUAGAGGUGGACAAUGAAUUUAUUAAGGAGACCUGGUACCACGUGUAUAGGGGAUCCUUUUUGAAGAAGGCUCUAUCUCAAGCCCAGGACUGUCGCAAGGGAUUCUACUACUACCAGAAGGGCUUCCAAGACUCAGGGCUUGAAUGUAAUGAUGUGGUACUGUUCUGGAGACUACAGAGGAUGUUACAGGUCACCAGUAAUGCUCUACGACAACAGGUCAUGAACAAUGAAGCUCGGCGACUUGAGAGGAUCAUAAAGGAUGUCCUCGAGGACUAUGGGGACAACAAGGAGGUACUGUCCAAGUUAUUGACCGGUCGUCGUGUCCAGCUGGCUGAGGAGCUAAAGAAAGUCAGAACGAUUCAAGAAAAACUAGAAGAAUUUAUCAAUGCCUUAAACAAGGAAAAAUAAUGAAGCACAAUACUGUGUAAUAGGGUAUGGUAUAGUGUUGUGGAACGUGACAGUGUGCAUGGUGUACUUGGUGCAGAUACAGGACGCAAGCUGACAUGGAUUUUGUGAAAGUUUUUAAUCAUAUUAAACACGACACUGACAGACGUUUCUAGCUUUUGUGAUAUGUUUGUAUGGAGUGUAUGUCGGUCUGUAUAUGCUACUGGCAAUAAGUUUAUUUAUUGAUGGACAACCAUCUGGUGUAUUUCGACUGACAACAGAUGGAUGUAGUGUAUCAGGAUGUUUGUAUGUAAUGUAGUAGCAUAAUAUUAUCGUUAUCAAAUAAAAGAAGAAUUAACUGGAAGAAAAUUUUUAUUUACAUAAUCAAUAAAUUUAUACCUAAUAUAUAACUCCUAUCAUUAUUGUUGAUAAAGAUCGGAGUGAGACUGUCUACAAAUAUCUAUCUCUUGGAAAUUAUUCGCUUUUAAAUUACAUAUUCUCUCAACCUCCUAAUUUCAUGAAAAUAUGCAUUUCCAAUUAAACCUAUCUCAAUACAAAGCUCAGACACAAGUCAGCAGAUAUACCUGGUAAAAGCACAAUGUUAAGGUCAGUUUUACAAAACUGCUUUUAAGCUACAGCUUAAUUAUCAAAUAUUUUUGCUAAUUUUUACAUUUAAUGCAAUUUUUUUUAGCCAGGUGAGUAAGAACCGUCCGGCUAUAGACAUAACUGUAACUAUUUAACCAGUAAAAUUGUUUGUCUGUAGAAAGCCUUCACCUAAGACCUCUGCAAACAUUUAUUGUGCAUUUAAGUUAAUGAUCACCAAUGGUAAAUCAUAAUUUGUUCUUAUAGUUAAUGACGUCACAAUGAAAAGUUGUUGUUUUUUCUCGAUAUAAUAGUUUAACAAAACGGUCAGAUAGACACCUUGAAUCUACAUUGAUUUUGGCAGUGGCUUUAACUUAUUCAGCCCAAGAACUGCAUGUUAAUAAAAAGUUGUCCACAUCUUUGUUUUCCUAUGAUGAUUCAAGCUAUAUUUUCCUUGUUAAAGUUGUAUAUUCUAAGUCAUUUUAAGUUACAGAAUUUUAAAGCUUUGUUGGUUAUAUUUUGUUACUCCAAUUAACUUUAUAUCACAAUAUUCAUUCAUUGCUAUUAAAUAUUGUUACAUUCACAAGUUAAUAAUCUAGAUGUUUGAAUCAAAUGAUCAGUAUGAUCAGUAAGGCAUUUUGUCUGUUGAAUAAAUUUGAAUACACAAGUCUUCUGCUGGAUAUGUAUCAACAUACUUUUUUCAUAUACAAUAUCGUUUAUAUUUAGUAUUAAUGUUUGAAAAUUUAAUUUAUAUACUGGGUAUUUAAAAUGACGAAAACCCAGAGAAACAAGCUCCAAUUGUUUGUGAAGCUUUUCAGUGAUUAUUCAUUAGUGACCAUCACGGUUAGUGAAAUGUUGGCUUCAGGUACUGUUUGUAAGCUGUUCAGUAUGUAUGUGAUAAACGAUCUAUAGUGUCACUUAUUUUACGUGCAUUACAGUAUGAAUGUGUUCAACAGAUUUUCUUUGAUGUUUGUAAUUCAUUAUAUAUUUAGUACCUAAUCUACUCGUGUUAUUAAAUUGCGGUGGAUAUCAACUCGGCAUGUUAGGAAUGUAAAUCUCUGCAUUUACCGCAGAAGCCAGUAUCUGGUGCCAAUGUUUAAAAGGAGUGUGGAAAGGAAGCUAGCAUCAUGCUGCAUAUGAUUCUAAAUGUACUACACUGUCAAACAUUUCUUCUUUUUCUGUUGAUACCUGAUGUAAAACAAUAAAAUGUCAUUUAAUAAAUCAUAACAUAC